AUGGCGACCGGCGAGUCUGUCGGUGAGCUUCUCCUCCGCGCGGCGGCGCUGGUGCCGCCUGCGCACUACGCGGCCGCCGCCCUCGUCCUCGCCUCCGCCUUCCUCUACCGCUUCCUGGAGCUCCACGUCCUCGGCGACCUGCUCCGCGGCUUCCGCGGCGGACGCGUCGCCCUCACCUUCCACCCCGACUCCCAACUCUACCGCCGCGUCGCCUCCAAGUGCCGCUCCCUCCACGGCAGAUACCUGGCGACGCCGUGGCUGGCGAGCCCUCAUCUGCAGACGCUGUUCCUGGGUUUCGGGGCGAGAUCGCCGUCGUUCACGUACAGAAGGCAGCUAUACACAGUUCGUGAUGGUGGAACCAUCGCCUUGGAUUGGUUACUGGCCUCUGACUGUGAAGUUCCUGAUGAUGGUUCUUGUGACGGAACUGUUCCUGAUGAUGAUUCAACGCCCAUUGUUAUUGUGGUGCCUGGAUUAACUAGUGAUUCUACCGCUGCUUACGUGAAACACUUGGUCUUUUCUAUGGCGAGCGAAGGAUGGAACGUUGUUGUAGGCAAUCACAGGGGUCUGGGUGGCAUCUCCAUAACAUCCGAUUGCUUUUACAAUGGUGGAUGGACAGAAGAUAUUCGUGAAGUUGUUAAUUACCUUCAUCAAAAGUAUCCGGAGGCUCCACUAUUCGCUGUUGGGGCAAGCUUAGGUGCCAAUAUUCUGGUUAAGUAUCUUGGAGAGGAGGGUGAGAAUACUCCUGUGGCUGGUGCUGCAUCUAUUUGUUCACCCUGGGAUCUACUGGUGACUAGCAGAUUUAUUUCUCGCACGCUAGUACAACGUUGCUAUGAUAAAGCCCUCGCAAUUGGUCUCAAAGGAUAUGCAAAACUCCAUCAACCAGUCCUGGCACGACUUGCAAACUGGGAAGCUAUUACGACGUCACGCUCUACCCGGGAAUUCGACCAUCAUGCCACUUGUGUUGUUGCAAAGUAUGAGACAGUGGACACAUUCUACCGAAAGUGCAGCAGUGUGAACUAUAUUGGUACUGUGUCUGUUCCGUUGCUUUGUAUCAGUGCUUUAGAUGACCCACUUUGCACACGGGAGGCCAUUCCCUGGGAUGAAUGCAAGGCAAACAAAAAUGUUGUUUUAGCAACUACACCUAAUGGCGGUCAUGUCGCGUUUUUUCAAGGCAUAACUGCUAGAAGACUAUGGUGGGUGAAAUCUGUUUCCGAGUUUCUGACUGCUCUACAUGAUAGUCCCUGCAUGCAUCAACAAAAGACUCAAGAACAUGUAGUGCAGUCUUCAUUGGAAUCAUCCAUCGAUAAGGGACCAUAUGUUAAUCUCUUGGAAGAUGGAAUGGUAGCUGCAGUAACAAAUGAGGAUACCAACAUUCAUGACUCCUUGGUUAACAAGAGUGAAACGGAGCACAGUAACCGGGUCACCAAAAUGUUGCAAGACGAUUGUCAUAGUGCGAUAACGAAUACAAGCAGCUCAGAAGAUAACACAACACAUUCCCAAAGCUGUGUAAGGUCGCAAGAGCAGCGAGAAGAGCUCUCCACAGAUAAAAUCCAAGAUGCCAUUGCUCCGGUUAAGAAAUCCAUGAACCAGCUCAUUCGAUCCCAGGGAAGGUCACUCUGGUGGCUUGCUUACAUUGCAGUGGUAACAUCUUGGCCGUUGCUCAGUAUCUUGUAUGGGAAAAAGUUUAGGAAUUCUUUACUAGCAAAGUGGUUAAGAAGCUAAAGAAAUUGUGAUGCUUCUGCCUACACAAAUUUGUUUCGGUUGUAAUAUGUAAAAUUCUGGCAAUAACCACUGAUGCGCAUAUUUGUCCAUCAGUGCUUAAGGAAAUAAUAAAAGAUCAAGUUAUAACA